AUGCUGCGCCAAAUAAAACCACGGAAUGCCCGGUCCAAGCGGGCCCUCGAGAAGCGCGCACCCAAGCCCGUCGAGAACCCCAAGACGGCGCUCUUCCUACGAGGCACCAGCUGCAGCCAGAUCACGCAAGAUGCCCUCACGGACCUGUACGCUCUGAGGCGGACUCACGCCAAGCGCUUUCAAAAGAAGAAUCCCAUCCAUCCCUUUGAAGAUGCCAGCUCGCUCGCUUUCUUCUCGGAAAAGAACGACUGCAGCCUGCUCCUCUUCGGCAGCAGCAACAAGAAGCGGCCACACACCAUCACCUUCGUCCGCACCUUUGACUACAAGAUCCUCGACAUGCUCGAGUUCUACCUCGACGGCGAGACCUUCCGGAGUUUAUCCCAGUUCAAGACGGAGAAGGUGCCCGUGGGGACACGGCCGUUGAUGGUAUUUGCCGGGACAGCAUUUGAAUCGCCCGUGCCCAACGCCUUCACCAUGGCCAAGUCCAUGCUGCUCGACUUCUUCCGCGGCGAGAUCUCGGACAAGAUCGACGUCGAGGGCCUGCGCUACUGCGUCGUCGUGACGGCCGACGAGCCCACUUCUUCCGAGGUAGCUACCGACGACCCGGCCUCGAAGCCCGUGCUCCGCCUGCGCGUCUACAACAUCCGCACCAAGCGCUCCGGCCAAAGAUUGCCCCGCGUCGAGCUGGAAGAGCACGGCCCGCGCAUGGACUUCCGCCUGGGCCGCAUGCAGGAGCCGGACGAGGCCAUGCUCAAGGAGGCGAUGCGCAAGGCCAAGACGACCGAGGAGCGCACCAAGAAGAACAUUUCAACGGACAUCAUGGGCGACAAGAUUGGCCGCAUCCAUAUGGGCAAGCUGGACCUGAGCGAGCUGCAGACGCGCAAGAUGAAGGGGUUGAAGCGCGAGAGGGAUCAGCGGGAUGGCGACGACGAGGAGGAGACGGUUGUGGGGGAGGAGCAGCCGAAGCAGAAGAAGAAAGUCAAGGCUUGA